GAAACUAACACACUUUCUUUCACUUGUAAAAUCCUUCGAACAGGCUAAACUCGAAACUCUACGCUAAACCCCUAAAACCUCACUUGUAAAGCCCUUCCUUCGCCAUGACUGAUGCUCCAUUUCUCUCAAGUCCUCUAUUUUCCCCUUUUACUUGUUGCUCUGUUUGGUUCUCGAGAAACAUGGGAGCAGCCCUAUCGUACAAGUACAACCUGGAUUAGGGGAAAAUUGUUGUCCUUUUUUCUCUGUCUUUGGAAAAGCGAAAUUGGGUUACCGAUUUGGGUAGAGAAUAUCCAGAGCCAUGCAGUCAGUUCAUGUUUACCAUGGUAUCUGGAACAGUAUACACAAUUAUUAUACAUACAUAGUAUAUGCCAUCUUCUUCAUUUCAUUUCAACCUUCGGGGCCUCUCUGUAUCUCACAUUCAAAAAUUUAUUCCUAGAAAAUGGAAAGAAACGAAUUCAAACAUUGAUAUUUCUAUGAUAGAUUCUCUUCUUAUAGCCAUUAAGAACUUCACAAGCCAGGGACAUUUAUCAAAAGCAUUCAAAACUUACUCUCUUGUCCAAAAUCAUGUCUCUUCUUCUACUGGUUGUUCCCACGACAUUAUCUUAUUACGACCCAUUUCUUCUCUUAUUACAUCCUGCACCAGUCUUAAAUCACUUUCUGAAGGUAAACAACUUCAUGCCCACAUUAUUGUGUUGGGAUUUGAACAAUAUCCUAGCUUGGUUCCAAAGCUGGUCACUUUUUACACAAGCUUCAACCUUCUUGUUGAUGCUCAUGUUUUUACUGAGAAAUCUAAGAUAUUGCAUCCUUUGCCUUGGAAUCUGCUCAUAUUUUCAUACGUUAAAAAUGGGUUUUUUUGUGAGGCUCUAUCUGCCUACAAACAAAUGGUACAUAGAGGGAUUAGACCAGAUAACUUCACUUACCCGGCUGUGCUAAAGGCUUGUGGCGAAAAGAUGGACGUUGCUUUUGGAAGAGAGGUACACAUGUCCAUUGAGCACCGCUCUAUGGAGUGGAGCUUGUUUGUGCAUAAUGCAUUGGUCGCCAUGUAUGGGAAGUUUGGGCUUUUAGACAUCGCUCAUCACUUGUUUGAUAAAAUGCCAAAGAGGGAUGCAGUAUCUUGGAAUGCAAUGAUCUCUGUCUAUGCCUCUAGGGGAAUGUGGAAUGAAGCAUUUGAAUUGUUUGAAAGCAUGUGGAUGGAGAGUAAUGAAGUAAAUGUCAUCACUUGGAACACCAUUGCUGGAGGGUGUGUGCGUACAGGCAAUUUCAUGGGAGCACUUAAGUUGCUUUCUCAAAUGAGUGCUAGUGGUAAUCAUUUGGACUCAGUGGGGUUGAUUAUUGGCUUGAAUGCGUGUUCCCACAUGGGAGUCAUUAAGUUGGGGAAGGAAAUUCAUGGUUUUGCAGUUCGCAGUGGUAUUUAUGAGUUUGAAAAUUUAAAAAAUGCAUUAAUUACUAUGUAUUCCAGGUGUGAAGACCUUAGGCAUGCAUAUACUAUGUUUCAAUUGAUAGAAGAGAAAAAUAUAAUUACUUGGAAUUCUAUGAUUUCUGGCUACACUCGUAUGGAUCGAGCUGAGGAAGCCUCUUUCUUAUUUAGAGAAAUGUUGCUUUCUGGCUUUGAACCAAAUUAUGUCACAAUUGCCAGCAUCCUUCCUCUCUGUGCCCGGGUAGCAAAUCUCCAACAUGGAAAGGAGUUCCAUUGCUACAUAAUAAAGCGGAAAGAAUUUGGGAAUUAUUUAUUAUUGUGGAAUGCAGUUGUGGAUAUGUAUGCAAGGUCAGGCAAGAUUUUCAAGGCUAAAAAAGUAUUUGAUUCAUUAACCAAGAGAGAUAAAGUAACAUAUACUUCUAUGAUGUCCGGAUAUGGGAUGCAGGGAGAGGGCCAAGCUGCUCUGAAGUUAUUUGAAGAGAUGACCAGGCAUGGGAUCAAACCAGAUCACGUGACCAUGGUCGCUAUUCUAUCAGCAUGUAGCCAUUCGGGUCUUGUGAUGCAAGGUAAAAUGCUGUUUGAGAAGAUGUCAAGCGUUUUUGAUAUAUGUCCCCGUUUGGAGCACUAUGCUUGCAUGGUUGAUCUUUAUGGGAGGGCUGGUCUAAUAAAGCAAGCGAAGGAGACUAUCACAAGGAUGCCAUACAACUACAGACCAACUCCUGCCAUGUGGGCCACUCUGAUUGGGGCCUGUCGAAUUCAUGGAAAUGUAGAAAUAGGGGAAUGGGCAGCCGAGAACCUACUGGAAAUGAGGACUGAAAAUUCAGGUUACUAUGUGUUAAUUGCAAAUAUGUAUGCUGCUGCUGGGAAUUGGAACAAGCUAGCAAGGGUUAGGACGUUCAUGAGAGACUUGGGUGUGAGGAAAUCCCCUGGCUGUGCUUGGGUUGACGUGGGCAAUGGAUUCUCUCCAUUUCUGGUUGGGGACACGUCAAAACCUGACAUUUACCUUGUCUCUGAUGGAUUGACCGAGUUAAUGAAAGAUGCUGGUUAUACUGCCCCUGAGGAUUUUGAUCCAACUGAAGAUAUUUGUUCAUCCAUAUAUGCGUAGCCCUUCGACAUGUAUCAGCUGUUGAGGACUUCCUUGGGGAUUUGAGGGAAUCAGUUAAAAUGGUGAAAGACAAUCCGGGUCCGAUAGAUAAACGGUGGGCUAGCUCCCGUAUAUGGUGCUGCAGGGAAGAUCUCAGACAUAGCCAUGGUUCAGGACUAGUUGGUAAACUACUUGGAUGGUGCAUGCUAGUGCUGGUGGGCAUUCGUUUAGACUUCUGAUUGUUACUCCAAACGUUUUUACCCUAUUAUUUGAGCUGAAGGCUGUACAAGAAAUACACUAUCAUUUAUUUAGAUUCAUACGUGGGUGGAUAUGAUAUUUGCUGUAAAAUAAAAAGUUCACAAUUUACUUAAUCUUUUGUAUCUUGACUUGACAA